AUUAAAAAAAAUUAUAUAUAUAUAAACGAAACUAUUGAACGGUAUUUUCUUUUCUUUACUCUCUUGUUAACCUCGACCUCUUCGGAGAGAAACCCACCAAGAAAAAUAGUGGCUUUUGUUUUCAUUCUCAUUUCUUCAAAAGGGUUGAGAUUGAAAACUUAAUAUAUGGCUGCGUACAAAACUGAAGAUGAGUAUGAUUAUCUCUUCAAGCUGGUUUUGAUUGGUGAUUCUGGUGUGGGUAAGUCGAAUUUGCUUUCCAGGUUCACAAGGAACGAGUUUAAUCUCGAGUCGAAGUCCACUAUUGGGGUCGAGUUUGCGACCAAGAGUUUGAAUAUUGAUGGGAAGGUCAUCAAGGCUCAGAUUUGGGACACUGCUGGCCAAGAAAGGUAUCGUGCCAUAACCAGUGCCUACUAUCGAGGAGCAGUUGGUGCUUUACUAGUGUACGAUGUUACCAGACACUCAACAUUUGAGAAUGUAGCGAGGUGGUUAAAGGAGUUGAGGGACCACACUGAUCCCAACAUUGUAGUCAUGCUCAUUGGCAACAAAUCCGAUCUUCGUCACCUAGUGGCCGUCUCAACUGAGGAUGGAAAAUCCUUCGCAGAGAGGGAGUCCCUCUACUUCAUGGAAACUUCUGCCCUGGAAGCAACCAAUGUGGACGGCGCUUUCACUGAGGUCUUGAGUCAGAUAUAUCGGAUCGUGAGCAAGAGGGCUGUCGAGGCAGGUGAUGCUGGAGGCAGUUCCACACUUCCCUCCAAAGGAGAGACUAUAAAUGUCAAAGAAGAUUCAUCUGUUUUUAAGAGAAUCGGAUGCUGCUCAAGCUAGCCUUCGUGUUUCUUCUCUUGCAACAGCGGUUGUCCUCUAUUUUCCCUGUACAUGAUUUUACACAAAAUGAUUCUGUAGAAUAAGAAUCUAAUCUGUCUCAUAAAUUGGUCUGGGGAAGUUGCAUUUUAUCACUCUACUAGAAUUGGUCUUGUAAUUGAUAAUGUCAUGUGGAUUGUUUUGCUUGUUACAAAUUUACUUUCAGCUGAAUGAAUCAUGACUAUUCUACCGA